AGCUCGCUUUUGCUCGCGCGGGUGGGAAAGGGGGAGGGAACGACUGGUUGUCGGAGCGGAUGGCUGGGUUUUAUUCCAUUCUGGGUUCGUGGAGAGGAGAGCGCGUCUCCUCUUUGCCCUCGUCGCUAUCGCUCUUCCACUUUCCCUCCUCUCUUUUCUUGUCCUCUCGCUUCCUCGUCGUCUCUUUUGGCUUCUUCUCGUCCUCCUCCGCGGCCUCUUCCGCGAUCGACGACGCUGGAAUCUGACGCGCGCGGCGGCGGCGGGGAGUGUGGGGUCCGGCGGGGAUCUGGUGAUGGGGGGUGGUGGAUGGAGUACGAGGGCAACGGAGUCCACAUGCACGGCGCGAGGCAGCCAGCGGACGUGACGGAGGGAUCAUCGUCGCUCGAGGAAGAGGCAAUUUGGCAAAUGAAUUUGAGAGGGAGUGAACUGAUGGAAUCUGGACCCUAUCCCAAGCGUCCAGGAGAGCCAGACUGUGCUUAUUACAUCAGGACUGGCCUCUGUAGAUUUGGAAUGACUUGCAAAUUUAACCACCCUCCCAAUAGAAAGAUGGCUAUUGCUGCUGCAAGAAUUAAAGGUGGUUAUCCUGAAAGAGUUGGGCAACCUGAAUGUCAGUAUUACUUGAAGACUGGUACAUGCAAAUUUGGAGCUACAUGCAAAUUUCACCACCCAAAAGAUAAAGCUGGAAUUGCUGGGCGGGUUCAAUUAAACAUUUUAGGCUAUCCACUUCGGCCGAAUGAGAAGGAAUGUGCAUACUAUUUAAGAACUGGACAAUGUAAGUUCGGAAACACUUGUAAAUUUCACCAUCCACAACCUUCUAAUGCGAUGGUUGCAUUACGUGGCUCUUCUGUUUAUUCUCCUGUACAUUCCCCCACAAUCCCUGGUCAGCAGUCUUAUCCUGGGGGAUUGACAAACUGGUCCUUGUCAAGGGCUUCUUUCAUUCCAAGCCCUCGAUGGCAAGGUCCUUCAAGUUAUGCUCAACUGAUUCUUCCUCAGGGGUUGGUUCAAGUUCCUGGGUGGAAUCCAUAUCCUGGGCAGAUGGGGUCUUCAUCUCCAAAGAGCCGACAACAAACACCAGGAGUUGCUGAAUAUUACAGUGCAUCACGCCAAAGUGAAACAAGUGAAGGAGCUCAAGGGACAUUUUCUUCCUAUCGGCUAGGCUCCAUCCCUAUGGGUGUUUAUGCCUUGCAGAGGGAGAAUAUAUUUCCUAACAGGCCUGACCAGCCUGAAUGCCAAUUCUAUAUGAAGACUGGAGAUUGUAAGUUUGGUGCAGCCUGUAGGUUUCAUCAUCCUAGGGAGAGAUUGAUGCCUGUUCCAGAUUGUGUAUUGAGUCCAUUGGGCCUUCCACUUCGUCCCGGGGAACCCUUGUGCAUCUUUUAUUCUCGAUAUGGUAUCUGCAAAUUUGGUCCUAAUUGUAAAUUUGACCAUCCCAUGGGAACUUUCACAUAUGGUUUUCCAGCAUCAUCUACAGCUGAUGUCCCAACCAUUCGGCAUCUGAUGGGAUCAUCAUCAGGACCUCCUGCAUUAACCUUGUCAUCGGAAGGGCCUGCUGAUUCUGGCACAGGGAAGUCCAGAUGACUUUUUCUAUCAGAAUCUCGGCAGAUAGCUACUGGUGAUGAAAAUGUGGAGGCCAAGGCAUAACAUACCAGUUCAAAUGUUGAGCAAGUUUCUUAUUUUUCUUGACCUACAAGGUUAUGAGAAUUGCUCCAUAAAAUGAGUUCCUGUGCUGGAGAAGUACGGUCUUUGCAUGAUGAGUUGGGUCUUUUCAUCUGAAAGUGCAUUCACUUGCCAAGAAAUCCUAAAUUUCAAUUUCCCAAAUUUCCAAUACUUCACCUUGUAGAUCUGCAUCACAUCAUUUUCAAUAGAAAAUAGGAAAUGUUUCCUUGGCAUUGCAAGCCCAUGUGCCUCUUUUAGCAGGGGGUCACUAUUCUUGUUUGUCCUUCCUAGAGAAUAAUUGUUCCAGCUGUACCAAUUCCCUUCUCUCCAUGUCCGUCCCAGUAAUGGCUUCCUGUAAUAUUUUGGUCUGGAUGAUCCGGUCUUUCUUCACUUGUAUCUUCUUGUAAUCACCUGUUACUCUUUUCAGUAGCUGUUCCUUGGUAGAAUUUGGUCUUGUUGAGCUUUGUUUCCACCAUGUGUAGGGUUGUGGGGAAUUUUUUGUUCUCUCUCUCUCUCUCUCUCUCUCUCUCACACACACACACACACCCACAUAUUGUAGGUAGUCAGAGGUCUGUUGCAAAAAUUUUACAUGGGCAGUUCAACACACUAAAAUUUAUAUAUGUUAAAUGCAUGGAAACACUGAAAGGAUCGGACUUGUACCUGAGUAAUGGAAUCAAUAACUGGAUCAGCUGAUUAUUGAAGGAGAUACCUUAUCUGAUUUAAACAGCAUCUUCCAUGGUUCGGCACUUCCUCAGAUGUGAUUAUCUGGUUCGAAACUUUGAGAAUACACAUGCUGUUUCCUUUAAGCUUGUUUGUUGGUUUUUACAUGAGAAAAUAUACAAAUUCUGGUUUAUGGUCCUUCCAACCAGUCAUUUGAAAUUUCAUAGAAUCAGUCAUUAGGACUGAUGGAAAUUUCUAUUGUCAGAUGAACCAUUUAUAUGCAACAUUUUUAUCCAGAGGGCCAUUGUAAGAGUUACCACAAACGUGAGAUACCUUUGUUUUUCUUUGCUGUUUGAUGAAUAAAUUGUAUUUGUGAUUCAUCUUUA